UGUCUCUCUGUGGAAUCUUUGUUGCGCUUCAAUUAACAACAGCUACUGUAAGUGUAUUGUACACUCGUGCAGUAAUUUCUCUCUGUUGUGGCAGACUGAGUGAAAACGGCGUGUUUGCAAUUAAAUGGUAACAAUACCUUAUGGCGCAGUAAUAUUGUCAUUUGGCCAGAUUUCUAUCUUGGUUGUGUAAUCGAUCGGUUUUAUGCAUUUCUCCUCCAGUCGUCAAAAUCCUGUUUGGGCCCAUUAUGAACCGUAUUCUGUGGAUUAAUUUGCCACCAUAAUCAGUAUACUCGGCAUUUUGCGAAUUGCGCGUUAUAUACGCGCCCUUUGCCGGUGUUUUAAGUGUCGUCCACAUUUUUACGCUUUUUUUUUGUCAUUUCACAGAAAAUCUUACAAGUUUAAUUUUUCUGCGCUAUUCAUAUUGGAAAGCUUAAGAACGAAUUAUCUAUAUGGAAUUAUGGAAUGCGAUUAGAAAAUUCAGUAUUCAAGGAUCCUGCGAAAAUGGCACGGAUAUGACAAGGAUCGCUCAAACUUUCCGCCACAGCUUAAUGCACUGACCAGAUGCGCCAUGGUUGAACCUGGUCAUCUGGUAUACUGUAUUCGCUGAGCGGAAAAUUAGUUCUAACGCGGACAAAAUGGACGGUGUUUUUGGAUUUUGGACCAUACUUGUUCUGUUAUUAUUUGGUACGCAGCUAACAUCCGGUGCAACUUUCGAAUGCCCAUCUCGAUUUGGCUACUUUCCCGACAAAACGGAAUGUGCAAAAUAUUAUAUCUGUAAUUUCGGAUUCGGUGUGCAGCAGGAAUGUCCCAAUGGAUUACAGUUUUCCACGCGAUUAAGAAACUGUGAUUGGGCGCGAAAUAUCAAUUGUACCCAGUAUAACGGUUAUGCGUAUCGUGAAGGUGAGGACAACCUGCCGCCUGAUACAACCGAGGUCUCCACGACACCGGAACUCUUCAUCUUUCCCUUGAACAACACACGUUUCACUCAAAUCUUUGCUCAAACUACACAACGCACAGGUAUUACGAAGAAGCCCAAACUGCAAAUAUGCCCGGCGCCACUGUGUACCAAGUCCAACUGCCAGGCACCCGGCUGCCGGUGCGGUUCCGCCGAUCCGCCCAAUGUCAUGGAUCCCGACGACAUCCCGCAGAUGAUCCUGGUGACCUUUGAGAAUGCCAUUACUGACUGGGCGAUGAGUGUGUCCGAGAAUACGUUCACCGAUGCAAGGAAGAACCCCAACAAUUGUCCCAUUCGGGCGACAUACUUUGUCUCACACGAAUGGACGGAUUACUCCAAUGUCCAGAAUCUACUAACCAAAGGUCACGAGAUUGCUGUUUUGGGAAUUUCGCUGGAAUUUAAAAACAACCGUUCACUGGAAUCAUGGGAAGCCGAAACGCAGGGUCAGCGGAAGAUCCUCAGCAAAUUCGCCAACAUCCCCAUGACGGACAUUGUCGGGAUGCGCGCUCCCUACUUGUCCAUCGGCGGCGAUAAUCAGUUCAUGAUGCUGUACAACAACGAAUUCCUCUAUGACUCCUCGAUGCCGGUCUUUGAAAGUGAACCACCCUUCUUCCCUUUUACAUUAGACUGCCGCAUCAACAACGACUGCAUGAUCGAUCCCUGCCCGAACAACUCUUUCCCCGGCAUCUGGGAGAUGCCCAUCGUUAUGUGGAACGAUCUGUCGGGAUCACGGUGUAAUAUGGUGGACCAGUGCACUGACGCGGAGAAUUACCAGGAAGUGUACGAACUCUUGAUGUCCAAUUUUGAACGACAUUACACCACCAACCGCGCACCGUUCAACAUUUUUGUCAGUGCUGGCUGGUUCGCCAAAGAGAUGAACCAGCGAGCGUUUCGCGGGUUUCUGGAUACGGUAUUGGAUAAGACGGACCAGGCCAAAUACCGUGAUGUGUACUUCGUCACGAUGAGUCAAGCGAUACAGUGGAUGAAGACGCCGGUCACUCGCUUCAAUGCCAAAACCUUCAAACCCUGGCAGUGCACCGAUACGCCCAAGACCCCGCCCUGCACAAAGCCCAACCAGUGCACGCCGUGGUUCGAGAAAAACAAGGAGAUCCGUCCCUUCAAAACGUGCCGGGAAUGUCCUAAAAAUUAUCCAUGGGUUGGUAAUGAAGACGGUCAUUGAGACGGUGUGUGUGUGUCACGCAUUCCGAUCAAUUAACACAUUAACAACCCGAUUACAUACUAAUCGGCUUGCGCACUGCCAUAUACGAGAUAAAAGGGGAUUGCAACAGCCAAUCAGCGUGAUGGAUGGACAUGAUGGUGUCAGUCCUUUUAGGCUAAUUUGGCUAAUUGGUCCAAUCGGAAGCGUCUGCUCGAUGAACCUGAUGCUGAUCUGUUUUUAGCGGCCAGCUGCUCGUUGGAACGCGUGUUUCGCUUCAACGCGCAUUGUUAUUCUAGUCAUUUGGCAAACAAUCUGUGUUCUCUUUAAAUCUUGAUUUUGUUGUUGUUGACAAGUAUUCUCUAUUUUUGUCUACCAUUUUAACUUUACCCGAUAUACAGCUGCCACGGAAUGGUUCUGUACGGCAGCGUGUCUACAUAUGGUGAAUUCUUCAGUAUCUGAGACUGAGUAAAAAUGGCAAAAGAAGUGUGAUGCUAAUUUUAACUACAUUAGACUGCA